AAGUCACACACUUGACAUAGGCCAUUAUCUGAAAGGGGUAAAAUCACAUGAUGUGAUCGGCGAUUUUACCAUAGGUGGCCGGCGUCAUGAGGAGAUGAUUUAGGCAAAAAAACAAUUUUGACAAAAAAUGACUUAGGCGAUUAUUUUAACAGUGUGACAAUACAAGACUUCACUAUUAAGUUAACAGUUAUGUUUAUAGCCAAGAUAUCUACUGUUUUUAAGUGCUGCUGCUAACAAUGAGCUACUAACACCUAAACAUAAAAUAAAGUGAUCACUACAGUUUCGGCGUUUGAUUGACAAGACACUGUUCUUUCAGCAGCGCCCUUCAGUCUCUGUUACAAAAUGUAAACAUGUAUUAUAAUUUAGGAGCCACCUCCAUGAACAACUUGAAUGAUCCCCAACCAGACCCCAGAGGAAGGGGGGCGGGGGCCGCUGAUGGCAACCAAUGGAACUACGCUCUACAGUCUAUGGUCCCGAUGCUGGGACUGGCUGCCUUUCGGUGGAUCUGGGACAGGUAUUCUCAGAGGGAGAUCCAGAAGAUUAAAACCCAGCAUGAGGAGACACUGACAGAGAUGCGCAUGGCAGUGGCUGCACUAGAGCUGGAGCUGGAGAAGGAGCGUGAUGUCACAAAGGAAGUGAAACGAAGGCUGCUGACGCCUGGCAGCUGGUACCAGCAAGCCACCGCCACUCUGAAGGAGCUAGAGAGUCAGCUUGUUGAGCGCCAGAAUGUCUACUGUUCUUACAUCCAGCCUCGAGACCAGAGGCUGAAGAUGGAGAAGAAAAUGCUGCUUAAGGUCGCCGAAGACCCCAUCGGGACAGAACUGGAUCUAGAGUCUGAUCUGAAGGAUAUUUUUAAGAGAGAUACGCACUGUGCUGACCUGGCUAACACAGACAAGAAAAAGAAUGGCAGCCUCAUGUGGGUGUACCUGAAAUACUGGCAGCUGCAGGUCACCGUCCAGAAAUACAAGAGAGCUGAAGAAGCCAUAUUUGGAGGGAAAAUCCAGUCUCAAACAAAGUGACAAACCCAAGCCAGUGUUUUGUCAUUUGAUUUUGAAUAAUGUUUAAAGUAUGUGGAUCAGGAAUGGAAAGUGCAUGUAUUUUUCACAGUGUAAUUAUCUUUACUUGAUAGGGAUGUUAUGGAAACACACAAGAGGUAACCUCAACCAGAUGAUGAUCAACAUCAUAUUUGCCAGGUUUUGAGCAUGCUGGAAUACACUGAUACCAUAACUUCAAUAAAAACUACUGUUUUGAAGAAAAAAAAUAACAGCCAGGAAUCAUUAACACAUCGGCAACAAUAUAUUUCUAACAUUAUAUUUAAAUGUGUUGACACCAUGCAUUAAUCUGUUGGGCAAUUGUUGGACAUAUUAAUCAUGAUAUCUUUGGGACUUGUUUGUUUUUACUAGUACUUCUGUGCAUAAUAUGGACAAUCCCUCCAUAAAUGAAAUGUGUUGUAAUUUAUAAUACAUGGCCCAAAGCCAGGAGAACAAUGUGUCUCAUUGCUGGUUGAGAUUUUUAGUCUUUAAUGCAGGUUUUAAGGAAACUUUUUAUCUAUCGGGGGCGACGGGACUCUGAAGGUGCAUGAGAAUCUAAAUAAGUGAAUAGAGCACAAAGUAGUGCUCAGUGCUGCAACACCUUACCACAAUACAGCAACAAAAUAGUCAAACAACACCCUUAAACUUCACACUACAUCCCUGUGACAAAUGAUAAGUAAAGCUGUAGCAUUUCUUUAAAUUAACCAUGCCUAUCUAUGCUGUUUUAUUGUUAUAUUCUUGUUUGGACCAUAACUUGGUGAUUAGGUGCUGGAUAUGAUGACAUAAACUCAAAUGUACUGACUCUAACCACUCUGAAAUCCUAAUAAAUUCCUGGUUAAAGAAAUCAAUUUUCAGACUGUUCCUG